AUGCCACCACCGCGAGUUUUCCCAUUGUCGCAUAUCCUUAGAUGUGCCCAGUCAACUUCGAGAGCUAAAGCAAGAUAUGGAAGGGUCUUCGUUAGAGGCUGUUCCUGUACCGCGUCGCAGAAGGAGAGUCUUCCGGUGACAUCCAACCAUACACGCGACGCCAAUCCGGUUCUAAAUCCCACGACGUCUAACCCGCCUACUCCUCCGACCGACCAUCGAGCGCUUGCGCAAACCCAUGAUCUAUUCAUCACAUCGCCAUAUAGCCCGGGAUCCCCUCUUCUUCUACCAAAUGGCGCCUACAUCUUCCAGAAACUUCAAUCCUUCCUGCGCGCCCAGUAUCCCCAGUUCGGAUUCCAGGAGGUGAUAACUCCAACAAUAUACAAGAAGUCAUUGUGGGAAACAUCCGGUCAUUGGGACAAUUAUGCGGAAGACAUGUUCAGCGUGCAAGGUCGGGGUGCAACCGGACAGACGCAGAACGCAGAGGCAGGUCAAGAUGAGGAGUUUGGUUUGAAGCCGAUGAAUUGCCCUGGUCACUGUUUGUUAUUCAGGGAAAAUAUCAGAAGCUAUAGGGACUUGCCCAUCCGGUACGCCGAUUUCAGCGCGCUGCACAGGAAUGAGAUUUCUGGUGCAUUGACCGGUUUGACCCGAGUACGGCGGUUUCACCAAGAUGACGCUCAUAUAUUCUGCCGGCCAGAUCAAAUCGUAACGGAAAUCGAUCAGACGCUUAGGUUUGUCGGUAUGGUCUAUGACACGUUCGGACUGGGUCCGUACAAGCUGCUGUUGUCUACACGACCACAAGACCAUUUCAUUGGGACAGUGGAGGAGUGGGAUCGAGCCGAGCAACAGCUGAAGACUGCUUUGGACAACAGCGGCAGACAUUGGGAUCUCAACGAAGGGGAUGGCGCAUUCUACGGCCCCAAGAUCGAUAUCAUUUUGAAAGAUUCCAAUGGAAAAGAACACCAAACCGCAACCAUACAACUCGACUUCCAGCUACCGCAACGGUUUGAUCUGCAAUACCAGGCUUCUCCGGAAGAACUUGCAGCACCAAUGUCGCAGCAAGAAUGCGGACAGCUAGAUUCUGCGAAUCGCAGGCCAGUUAUCGUACACCGUGCCAUCUAUGGUUCAUUAGAGCGUUUCAUGGCGCUUCUGAUUGAGCACUAUGCAGGGACAUACCCAUUUUGGCUCUCGCCGCGGCCUGCUAUCAUUCUCUCGCUCAAUCAAGAUGCGGAAUUAUUGAGACACGUCUCUCAUAUUCAGUCAGUCCUGUCCGGUUUGCAGCACCCGCACGCCCCCUCGACCAACGAAAGUUCCGCAAGACCGACGCCUCGGCCACUAUCGGCCGUGCAUCUUCCUAUUGAUGUAGACACGUCCGCACGGUCCCUUGGAAAGAAGAUCGCGGAUGCGCAGAAGAAGAGGUACAAUCACAUCAUUGUCGUCGGUCCCAGCGAGGUCUCAGGCCAGUCUCUGAAAAUGGAAGCGGUCAAUCAACCCAACAUGUCCGCGACGGAGGGUGUCUUGCAAGAAGUACUCGGUAGAGCAGUUCAGGAGACCGAGAAGAGACGGGGAAAGCUGGCUGUGAAUAUGGAUGUGAAGCAAGCUAGGGCCUAUUUCGAACGCCUGGCCAACAUGUAUUUGUAG